UACCUAAACAUAGGUGCAUUUACGUAGCGUCUAAGGGAUGGCUAAUCAGUUACAUAUAUAUAAAUAUAUAUGUAUGUGUAUAUAAAACAACAGGCUAGCUGCAAGCUAGCCAUGACAUGUAUUCAAAUGAUAAUUUGUGAUGAAUAAGAUGGUGUUAAUUAUCCCGACUGCAUCGUUGUGGUUAGUCACUGCCGGAAAUGUGACGCCAGAGGCUAAUAAUUGCGGUCAUUAACGCGUAGCGUAGCAAAAGCUAACAUAGCGUUAGCUCACGCUCCCAAGCUAAGCAUACCUUGGGUUGAACCAAUGAAAAGAAAACGACAGGGAUCCUUGUAUUUGUGUGAAGCACCAGGAAGAGAAGUCUGCUUUUUGCCAGAUGCUGAACCUCGUCUUUACAAACCCCAGGCACAACAAAACCUCUUGAGGACAAACCCUCGGCCCCUUCACUUGAACCACAGCUCUUAUACUUCUGAAAAGUUGUUCCAGUCUCGGGGGAAGUCUGCAACUAAUUGUUUUGCAGCUACACCUGUGUGGAUUUGCAGUGGACCACAACAUGGCAAAGAAGAACCAAAAGGACGGAGUCGUGUUUGACACACGCUCAAAGAUGGUCAUGUCCCAAGGAGGGCCACCUGAGAGGAUGAAGGAGAAGAUCAGUGCCGUCAGGGCGGUUGUCCCCAACAAAAGCAACAAUGAGAUUGUUCUGGUGUUGCAGCAUUUUGAGAACUGCGUCGACAAGGCGGUUCAAGCAUUCUUGGAAGGCAGUGCAGUGGAAAUCCUUAAGGAGUGGAGUGUUACCGGCAAAAAGAAGCCAAAUAAGAAAAAAAAGCCCAAGCCCCAGCAAGAGAUCUCUGCAGAACCUGGUCCAUCCGAGGCCACGCCGCCUGAGUGUAAGGACAAAACCAACGGCUUCCAUGCCAAUGGAUCGGCGAUGGACGGAGAGUCACUCGACUCCCUUAGCGAACAGUUGGACUCUGCAUCUUUGGAUGCGUUGGAGCUGGACUCUGAACCAACAACCACUUCUGAAACCACUGUUGCCGACGCAGACAGUCCACCUCCUCAACCAGGGCAAAGUACUCACCAGGGGCACAGAGGCAACAAAGCACGGCACCGCCAAGAUUCACAUCACCAAAACUCCUCAUUUGCACUCCCUGAUGAACAAAGUCAGCAAAGGUCGUCUGGUGGCAAGAAAAUCGCUCCAAACAUCGACCGCUCUGUGAAAGACCUACAGCGAUGCACCGCCUCGCUGACUCGCUACAGGAUGGUGGUGAAGGAGGAGAUGGAGUCCUCCCUCAAGACAAUGAAGCAGACGUUUGCAGAGCUUCAGGGCAGCUUAAUGGACAGAGAAGUGACACUACUGUCUGAAAUGGACAAAGUGAAAGGAGAGGCCAUGGUCAUUUUGAACACCCGACAGAAAAGAGCCGAGGAGCUCAGGCGUCUGACGGACCAGUCGGCGUCCAUGUCUGACGAGCAGCUGACUGAACUGCGAGCCGACAUCAAGCACUUUGUGAGCGAGCGCAAAUACGACGAGGACCUCGGCAAAGCCGUCAGAUUCACAUUUGAUCUGGAGCCGCUGAAGGCCAGCAUCUCAAGAUUUGGAUCAGUCUACCAUCCUCGCACAGGUUACUCUGAUCGAUCCCGCUGCAGCUCCACGUCCUCCUCGGUGGCCAGCCCAAGUACCGUGGAAACCCCUCUUCCCACUCAGACCCAAAACCCCCCCAGCGAGUUCCGCCCCCCACCGGCCAAACAGAUAUUCCAAGGCAACCGUCGUACGUUCCAAGGCCAGGGCUACCACUCGGGCGGCCAGCGCUACAACGGCGGCUCCAACCACGAUCGAAACGCCGGCCGCGGCAACCACCGCUACCAAAGCGGCGACGGCCCCGCCCCCCAGCACUCCAACAGCUCUCGGGGCCCCUCGCACUCGUCGUCAAACCAAAACCGAGAUUCCCACAAUGGGCUGCCGCAAAGGCUUCCCCGGACGCCCUGCCCUUGACAUUGGAAUGGUUGCGCUCUCUCGAAGCUCUCGAAAGCCCCUUUACUAAUAAUCUUGCACUCCCCGGUCCCAAAGCCACGCCCACCGUCCCCGUCCAGCUCACUCGCUCGCUCGUCUCGAUGAAGAAUAGAAUACAAGUUCAUGUUUUGAUCUCCUCCGUUCAUCCUUAAGACUUGAACAGCAACUUGGGUAGAGUACCAGAUUGUGUCUUGGUUUAGGCCCACGUGACGCUUCUCCUGCUUCAAGACCUGCAGUGGAAGUCUUAGCACGGCUUCCACGUUUCCCGAGCGUUUUCCCGAGGAAGGAAAACAAUAUUGUGAAAUACGUGACAUUAGGACAGACGACACAGACUAUUUGAAGGAAACAUAUCAAGCUAACGCUAUAUAGAAGGCUACGCUACAUGUUUAGCUGACUGACCUCUUGACCUCUUAGACGUUUGUGAGCGAGUAUAAAGCUGCAGCGCCUUCACACGGAGCAGUACUUUGGUCUGUCCUAAUGCUAAGCUACGCUAGUUUGCCGGACAUAGGGUUGCUAUUCUAGAGGACGACUCCAUCCACUAAAGUUUUGAACACGAGGGCUGUUUUUUUUUUUUUUUGUGGAAUACUGUUAAAGUAUGUGAAGUUUGACAUCACCAUGGCUU